GUAACAACUCUGUGUCAUAAACCACCCCUGUGAAGCGAGGGCCUAAUCACAACCCUUCAAGAUUUCCUCGUCCGCAGCCUGAGCCCUACCUGGCAACAUGAACUGACAACAGCAAAAUACGCGCUGACAUUAACAGAUUCAGCCCAACGCGGCAAGGACGCGUAGAACGCUUCAAACGGCCAUGGCGCAACGCGGCCCGUCUACAGCCGGCCACCGCACGACGCACCGCCCCCUCAUCGAGCUGGAUGCGAUGCGCAGUACGGACCUCGAGCAGGGGCCCAGCGCUUCAAGCGGCGACGAGGCGCCGCUGGGGCCUGUGCUUGGCGCACGCGCGCGCUCAGCAUGGCUGCACGCGCUCCUGCCUGGGCAGAUUCUCACACCUUGUGGGGGCGACCGCAGUGACAGCGCAAAGCAGCAACUCCCUGAAGUCUGUGACCCCCUGAUAAGCUCCUCUCCCGAGCAGCAUCAAGGCCCACGCGGGCUCGCGGCCUCAGUGCGGGGGCCGGAGCCGGAGCGCAGGGGCAGCCGUGGACAGCCCGCGACAUCCCACGCCUCCCCUCCCAGCGGCGACGCCUCACCGGCACCGCCAACAACAGUAGCCAUGCAAACAGGAGCACAGACACCACCACCAGCACCAGCGUCAGCAGUUGUGGGGCUGUCGACAUCGCCUCCACCACGGGCAGGGCUCUCCGGGUCAGGCGCCACCCCAGCACACGGCAGCGCCCUUGAGCUCGCCGCGGGCAUCCCCGCAAGCACCCUCGUGGCCUCACCACCCCCGGACAGUCUCGGACUCAGACCGCGUCCCGCCUCCGCGGCGCCUGCCCCUGGCGGCUCUGUCGUCGCAGCAUCCAACGCUGCCUCUGCAGCUGCUGUGAGCGGGCCUGCCGGUCUGCGCCUCAGACAGCGGCGGCGCGAUUCGCCGCUGGCGCGGUGGUAUUCGGGAAACCGGAACCGGUCGCGGCCCGAAUCCGGAACGGAUGAAGACUUGGAAGCCUCGUACACGCUUCUGGACUACCCGCCACCGCCUCCAGGAUCCGCAGAGUUCGGGGGCGGCGCUGGCGGCACAGCGUUGGACGCAGACGGUUGUGAGGGUGGCGACAGCGAUGGCGACGAGGAUGGCAAUGCCAAGUACCGCCGGCGCGGCGCCGGCGCCGGCGGCAUGGGCGCGGCGGCCCAGCAGUACCUUCGCGCGGCGUGGUUGGGCCUACCGCUGCCGCUGCCCACGGCACUUCGAAGCGGCUCCGCUGCCGCUGCCCUGUCGCUUUCUGCAGCGGGGGCAGCAGGCGCAGGAGCAGGCGCAGGGGCGGGAGCAGGAGCGGCGGCACUAGGAGGAGCCUCUGGGUCAGGCUGGUGGUACCUUCCUUCAACGUUAGCAGCCACCGCAGCGGCAGCGGCAGGGGCGGCAGGCGCCAGCGUGGGGUUUUACGGGAGCGGCGCUGGAGACGGCGACAUGGCGCGGGCGGCGUCGGGGCGGUGGCUUGCGUCUGAGACGGAGCGCUGCCGAGCUGCGGCGGCGGCGGCGGGGCGGCAGCUGGACAGGCAGGAUAGCGAGGCACGGGACCGGGCCACCGGCUGUGACGUGGCGGCCUAUCUGGCUGCGGACCGCGCCCGCUGCCUGGCCAUCAGCGCGGCAGCUGGGCGGCGGCUGGAGCAGGAGCGGCGGGAGGCACGGGUGAAGGCGGCGGCUCAGAUGGUGCGGCGCGCCCCCGGGGGCUGAGCGGGAUGAAGAUUGAGUGUAAGGCAGCGGGAGCGGGCGGAGCAAUAGUGCGGGCGUGCAGUCGGGAGGGGGGAUGGCGUGGUGACCAGGCAGAUGUAGGCACGCGCGCAAUAGAGAGGGAAUUUGAGAGUUUGGGCGCUGUGUGGACGACGCAGGUUGGAAUGCAGAUACGCUGGAGGAGUAAGAGGAGGAAGAGGAGGCGGCUUUGGACGAGGAGGAGGCUGGAUGGGGAGGAGUUGGCGGCUGGGCAAGAGGAGAUGAGAUCUGGGUUCGUGUCCACAGAUUAAACUCGAUGAGGCCGGGUUACGGGGCGUGUAUGCUUCAAGCUCACAAUGCCCCGGGCGGCAAUGGCUGGCUCGGCCCCUGGGUAGAUUUUGCUAGUGCCCGCGCAGGCAAGGAGCUCAGCUGCCGCCGCUUAAUGAAGUGUCAGCAACAACAGCAACGACCAACAGCCCAGCAGUGGUACGCAACGUACAUUCGUACUGUGGUGGACUGCCUGCUGUGGGCGUGGGGCUGCUGCGAGACGCGGGCGGGGCAGUGGGGUUGCGUAGGCGGUGGUGGUGGCGGCGGCGGCGGCGGCUUUGGCGGCUUGCUGGUGCGGCUGCAGGAGUGGUACGUGUCGCACCACAAGGCCGUGGCGGCGGGAGGCGGCGGUAGGUAAUCAGCGGUACCCGUGCUCCAUGUUCAGCUGUUGGAUAUAUAUCGAGUUGGCUUUGCACAAGACGUCGUACAGUUGUACACGGACAUUGCGGGAGGCGUGAUGGGAUUGAGGGCAGGGGCCGCAACAGCAGCCUGAGCUGCUGCUGCCCGACUUCCAAUUCAGCGAGCCGCAUCCAACCAGCCGUAACUACGCAGACAGCGAGACGCGAGCGCAGAGGGCGGCAGCCAAGCAGAAGGAGGAGGAGGUGGCAGCCAAGCAGAAGUAGAGAACAGCGAUGACGGCAGCUCUGGCAGGAGGAGGAGGAGGCGGUCGCGGCCGCCAAGGAGCCGGCGAGGCGAGAGCGGCAGGCGGCGAAUGUGGCACCACUGCAGCAGUGGGAGGUCAUGAAGGUGGCCAAGAAGAAGCGGCAGAAGAUGCCCUUAUCAAGUACGGCAGAGAUGAAGGUCGAGGAAGAGCCUUGCAAGGUCGAUUGGCUCCGCUCGCGCGUCUACGCGAGCCAAAACACAAUGGGGACGCAACGGCCGUGGCCACGGCGCCACGCCCUUCCUCCUAAGGGGGCUCCCGGCCCCCGGUGUCCAGCCUGCUCAUGGUGUCGCAGGUGAACUUGGCGGGGCCGCGCUUGAGUCGCAGCGCUUGGACAUUGCGCUUUAUGUGGUGGCAUGCCUCAAGUGUAGUACAAGCGUAUUCGGCGGGCGUGCGGAUGUUGCGGGUUCAAGUAUCGGUCUCGCGGGUGCUUGCUAGGCUGCAACAAGGCUUGCAAGGCCUUCAGAUUGUUGAAGGUAAACUGUUUACGCGCUCGCUGGUUUGCUUGCUGGUCAACGCGAAGGGCGCCGGACCAGAUCGAAGUC